UGCAGGGCGGCACGAUGCAGCCUCCCCUACCGGCCGUACCACUGCUGACCACACUGGUCCCCGCCGCGGCCCCCGCAGCCCCCGCCCCCGCUCCUGGUAAGUAUGACGACGACACCCCGAGGUAGGAAGACCGGUAUUUGUAGAGGAGCCCGCUAACGCCGCUGGGUUGUGCUCGCUGUUGCAGGACCCGCGGAGCAGAGAGGUCGGCCGACGCGCGCCAUCGCACACCGCACGACCGACACACGUUCACUCGCUCAGUGAUCCGUUGUUCUGCUUUCUGUUUCAGGCUAGAUAUAAGUUAGGUAAAUGCUAAGGACUGACUGCGGCCGGGAGCGGCGCCGGCUGCCACGCGCCACGACCAAUGUUUCGUCGCCCCCAUCUACGACUUCAAACAGCAAGGAGACGUAUUUACGGGGCCAGGAGCGAAAUGCGCAACACUGCCGGCCAUCCUGGGCGGCUCGCUGCCGCGGCUGUCGUCGGAACAAGCGGACGCCGUGGCACGCGCUAAGAAAUACGCCAUGGAGCAAAGCAUCAAAAUGGUGCUCAUGAAGCAAACCCUCGCGCACCAGCAGCAGCAGAUGGCCUCGCAGCGCACGCAGGUGCAGCGGCAGCAGGCCCUCGCGCUCAUGUGCAGGGUGUACGUGGGUUCGAUAUCCUUUGAAUUGAAGGAGGACACCAUCCGACAAGCGUUCCUGCCGUUCGGGCCGAUCAAGUCCAUCAACAUGUCCUGGGACCCCGUCACGCAGAAGCACAAGGGGUUCGCGUUCGUGGAGUACGAGAUACCGGAGGCCGCGCAGCUGUCGCUCGAACAGAUGAACGGCGUCAUGCUGGGAGGAAGGAACAUUAAAGUCGUCGGGCGACCUUCCAACAUGCCUCAGGCGCAGGCAGUCAUUGAUGAGAUUCAAGAGGAAGCUAAACAGUUCAAUCGGAUAUACGUCGCCUCCAUACACCCGGAAUUAACUGAGGACGACAUCAAGAACGUGUUCGAAGCAUUUGGACCGAUCACAUAUUGCAAACUGGCUUACGGCACCUCCCAACACAAGCACAAGGGCUACGGGUUCAUCGAGUACGCCACGCUGCCCGCGGCGCUCGAGGCCAUAGCUUCCAUGAACCUGUUCGACCUGGGCGGGCAGUACCUGCGGGUGGGGCGCGCCAUCACGCCGCCCAACGCGCUGGCCGGGCCGCCGCAGCCGUCCGCGCUGCCCACCGCCGCCGCCGUGGCCGCCGCCGCCGCCACCGCCAAGAUCCAGGCCAUGGACGCCGUCGCCUCCAACGCCGUCGCGCUCGGCCUCACCAAGCUCAACGCGCUCGGCGUGCCGCCCGCCGCCGCGCUGCCCACCCUCGCCGCCGCGCUGCCCGCCGCCAUCCCGGCCGUGCUGCCCGCAGCCUUACCUGGAGUGAUCCCGGCGGCCCUGCCCGGAGUACUGCCGGCUGCCAUCCCUCCUCCGGGCGUGGUAAUCCCUCCCGCUCCACGGGUCGGCCCCCUUCCCGCCGACCUACCUCCCCCCACCCCUGCGCCGCCUCCCCCCGCACCGGCCGCACCCCCCACGCUCACGGAAGCGGAAGGACAGCAACAAGCUGCCUUACAGCAGAAGCUACUGGAUGCGUCACCCGACACCUUGCAGCAGCAGGAGUCCCUUUCAAUAUCUGGUCAAUCAGCGCGGCACCUCGUCAUGCAGCGGCUAAUGCGGCGUCGAGCCUCCCGCACCGUGCUGCUGUGCAACAUGGUGUCGGCUGACGAGGUGGACGAGGCGCUACAUCACGAAAUCCAGGAGGAAUGCUCGAAGUGGGGCAGUGUGGAGCGGCUCGUGAUCUACAACGAGCGACAGAACGAAGACGACGACCCCUCGCACGCUAAUGUUAAGAUCUUUGUACAGUUCGCUGAACCUGAAGAGGCGAGUGCGACGGCGGGCGCGCUCAACGGGCGGUACUUCGGCGGGCGCACCGUGCGCGCCGCGCUCUACGACCAGGACCUGUUCGACCACGGAGACCUCUCCGGGUAGCCGCGCCGCCGCAUACAUACACUUACUCUACUAAAUAAUAAUAAAUAAACUUAAGAUUAACUUUUUGUAAAA